AUGAUGGAUAGUAUUUAUCAUUCAUCAUCUCCAAUUGAUUUGACUACUGAAAAACCAUUACUAAAUGAUCAUCAGUCAGUAAUUAAUGAAAAUAGUUCAGUUCAACAAGUUUUACAAAAUGAUGAAAAGAAACCAUGUUCAUCAUAUUUUAAAUUAUCACGAGAUGAAAAUCAAAAUUUCGAUUCAUCAGAUUUUCAAGAUCCACUUUUCUAUGAACAACCAUUAGAUUUCCAUUAUAAUCGAUUAAUGCCAACUGUAAUUACAUCAGAUUAUGAAACAGGUGAUCAAAUUCGAUUAGCAAACAAGAUAACACCAAGUAAAAAUCAAAAACAAAGUUCUUUAUCAUCACAUCAACAUGAAAUAGACAAAAGUAAAUCAAUUUAUCAACAACAUUCAAAAACAAAGAAAAAUAAUAAUCAAAUAAGAAAAAAGAAAGAGACAAAGAAAAAAUCAUCGAUUGACAACACAAACAAAAUCAAACGAUUCUAUAAAAAAAACAGUCAAAAUCAUCUCGGACGAUUUCCAUCUGUGUCGAAAAAUCGUCAAACAUUAUUUCUUAAACAUCAUCAAAAACAACAAGAAUUAUUUUUAAAUAAAAAGAAGAAACUAUUAAAAGAACGUAUUGCAUCAAAGAAAAAAUCAAUGUUGAAAAUGAAAAAAAAUAAAUCUUUACAAUCGACCCGGCAUAGUCGAAGAUUUAAUAUGACUAAUAAUCGAAUUAAUUCAACAAGUUUAUCUAAUCGAUCUUUGACUUCAAGAUAUAGAAAAAUUCGUUCAAUUCCUCAAUCCAAAACAAAAAUUAUUCGUAAUCAACAUUCAUCUCAAUCAAAUAAGAAUCAAACUGCAUCUAUUUCUCGAUUGAUUGAUAAUUCAAAAACUCGAAUAAUAUCAAAUAAAAAUAAAUCUCAAGCAAAUAUAUCGAUUCUUAAUCCAGUUUUAGAAUCAAAUAAUCAACAAAUGAUAAAAAUAACAAACAAGGAUAAGAUUCAAACACCUACAAACACACUAUCUUCACCAUGUGUACAUGCAAAAGCAUCUUCAAAAACAUGUUUGAGUACGGAACGUAACAAAAAAUUAUCGAAAACAAAAUUUCAUCGUUCAAGAUCUAAUUUAAAAUCAAAACAAAUAAAAAAACGAAAUCGUGCUUGUGGUAAAUUAAAUAUCUGCUCACCAUUAAAUACAAAAGUUCCAAAAAAUAUUCGACAUUAUCGAAAACAUGAAUCUAAAAAACACAAAACACAAUUUCCUCGAUGUCAAUCAAAGACUCUAAUUCGCAUAGCACCACUCGUUCAAAAUUUGACAAAAUCUAUUGAAGCAAAUAAAGAUAAUACUCAAAUGAAUAUAAAACCAUCAGUAUUUUCAUUGAAAAAUAGCUUAAUUGAUAAAGUAUCAUCAACAUCUACUAUAAUGCCUUUAACAAAGAAUAAUGCACAAUUAACAAGCAAGAACAAUAAUAAACGUGCAUCAAAAAUUAAACGUCAACGAAAUAAUUCGACAUCAACACAAUUAGAAAGAAAAGUGAUGAGAUCAACAAGAACAGGAAUGGUUCUUCGUUCAAAAACAAUCAUUAUUAAUAAUUCUAAUUCGACGAAAUAA